AUUUUAUUUCCCAUAUAGUGAAAACUGUCAGGACACCUGCACCAGGCAGAACAUGUACAUAUAAAGGCCAUGGUGUAGGCCAAGGCUAAUGAUGUAUUGCAGUAUGUACUUUGAAGAGAAACAGGCAAAUUAAAUAUGGUGGUUAGCAUUAAAACGAUGCGCGAGUGCACAGCUGCUGCACCUCCCUGUGAAGGAACAGGGCACUGUCACAAGGAGACUGUGUGGGACAAAGACAAAGCAAAGAGAAAAAGGAAGGCUGAACUGUGCUGGAAAAAGACCAUGGCUCAAACAUUACAGAGCCAGAGUCAUUUUAUCAAUAAGUACAUAGAUCUGCUCACGCAGGAUUCAGAGGAUCUGGACGCCUCAGCCUCUACAUCAGCAGAGCAUAGCCCCAAUUCAUGUGACGGUGCUCUGGUGUGUGUGGGACCUCGUCGUUGGCGUGCCAGAGGAGGAGAGAGGAGGCAGAUGGAGAUGUGUAUCCUGUGUCACGAAGCGCAGGAGAUCCUACCUGAUGGCACCGCCAUGGUGCUCGCUGCCUUUGUCCAACGCUCUACGGUCAUGUCCGAGAACCGCAAAAGACCCCCUCACAAUUCAGAGAGGUAUGAUCCCCUCUUCAUGCAUCCUAACCUGUCCUUUGGUACCCAUACCGGCAGCUGUGGCCACAUCAUGCACUCUCUCUGCUGGCAGAGAUACUUUGAGACACUCCAGAGUCAGGAUGCGCAGUGGCUGCAUGAGCAAACCAGUUACGAUGUAGAGAAUGGGGAGUACUUGUGUCCACUCUGUAAGUGUCGCAGUAACACAGUCAUUCCUCUCCUGCCCCUCACUGAGACCACCUGCAGUUACAGCAAUAGUGAGCAGCCAGGUCUGGCUCAUUGGCUGAAUACAACGUGCCAGCAGAUCAGAGCCUUGCACUCUGCUCAUAAGAGAGCCAAGCCAACAAAUGCUGGUGAGACAGAGACUGUGGAGGACUCUCCUCCUCCUGAGAGUUUCAGGCUGGACCACACACCAGUCAACCCUUAUUCAAGCUCCGUAAGGGAGAUGCUGAUGACAUUUGGGACCGCCACUUAUAAAGUUGGCCUUAAGGUGCACCCUAAUGAGCAGGACCCCCGUGUGCCUAUCAUGUGCUGGGGCAGCUGUUCUUGCACCAUCCAGUCUAUAGAGAGUUUAUUGGUAGAUGAGGAGAAGCCUCUGUUUGGAAGUUUACCCUGUAGACAGGUAUGACAACCCAACUUAUUGUCAUAUCUCAGCCCAGCCAGGACUCGGUUUCCCAAGAAGCAACACCCACUUCUAACAUGGCCGCUGAGGACUAAACUUCCCACACACGUAUGCGCUCACCUCCCCGGAGUUCUGAUCUCACACACCUGCAGCCAAUCACCUUGUCCACUCACCACGGCUUAUUAAGAGACUUUGGAUCAGAGACACUUUGUGAAGUAAACAUUCAGCAGACUAGUUUCUCUGUCGUUCUCCAAGCGUUACCUACUGUGUUUAUUCCAUAAAUGACUUUGACCUUUGCUUACGUCCCUGACCACGAUUUCUGUCUUGCCCCGUUUGUUUUGUUUGCAUGAUCGCCUGACCCUCGCUUGCUUCUUGACUACGGACUGUGUUCACCCCUCUGGAUUAUUCUGCCUGAACCUGCUGCCCGCUUCUGCUUCUGUAUUCCCCACAGUACGCGACACUUAUCCUGCCAGAAUGAAUUCUUCUUUCGAGGAAUGUGUGAUGAUGUAAUAAAUUCUGUAUCAGAGGUAUUGUUAGUGCUGUUAAAAUACUCGACGAAGCACUGUUUGCUUGCAGGAUGGAGUAGUUAAUUGUACACUAGAAUAAAUUCUUCUUUGAUUUGCUUUUCACUUGUAAUUCUAAAUAUGAAAGUAUAUAACUGUGUGUGUAUAUAUAAAUAGACUGCAUUUGUCAGAUCAUUACUCAAGCUUCUGCGCAUCAUUCGCACUCUAAAGAUAUCUAGAAGAUUGCUCAGUUAUGUGUUCUGGGUUCAUUUUCGUAGCAUUACUAAAUAUUCUGAAUCACAAAUAUCUGCAGGUAUUAUGCUCUCCUUCCUCAGUUCUAAUUCCUGCUAUAUCCUGUGAUUUAUCCAUAUUUUGUAUCCU